CUUCCAACCCGCAUUUUAGAUCUCGACCUUAGGGAUGGGACUCAAGACCUAUGUCUCCAUGAGCCGCACUCAGAGUUCGGCGUGUAUGCAACGCUGAGCCAUUGUUGGGGGUCCGGUGAUAAGCCCUUCAUGACCGAGCUGGCGACACUUAAGAAACGACGAAAGCGGAUCUCUUUUCUCGACCUCCCUCUCAGCUUCCAGGAUGCGGUGAAAAUAUGUAGGAAGCUAGAGAUAAGGUACCUCUGGAUCGACACGCUCUGCAUUAUCCAGGACUCCUUCAAGGACUGGGCUUCAGAAUCGGCUCAGAUGGCUCGGAUAUACAAGGAUGGCGUUUUGAUGAUUGCUUUCUCGGACUAUCAGGACUGUCACCAACCCGUACUUACUCAGAGACCCGAACUGCUUACUUGCGAACUAGGCAAGAAUCUGAAUGGUGUUUAUAUGCAGUCCUCCUUCGCUCGUGCUGUUGGAGAUAGUAAUCGAUAUGUUCCAUCAUUGCUCAACGAAUGGCCUUCCUACAUUCUAGGACUCUCAAGCCAACUGGGCCGGCGGGCGUGGGCCUUCCAAGAACGUAUCUUAGCACCCCGAAUCUUGCAUUACACCUCUCAACAACUCAUUUGGGAAUGUGCAAGUCAAACUUUGUCUGAGAAUGGUAUUGAAUCUCACACGCGGGACCAUACAAUUCCCAGCAUUCAAGAGACUCGCUCGAAGAAUGAGUUCUAUAGAUAUUGGCGUGAAAUACUGCAGAGAUAUACCGAGUGUAGUCUCACCUUUUCAUCCGACAAGUUUCCAGCAUUGUCGGGGGUAGUAAGUGAGGUCCAGAAGCGUAUUGAUGAUGUUUAUGUUGCCGGAUUAUGGAAAGGAGAUCUCCCUCUGGGUUUGAUGUGGGUCCCCGCCAGAGGCACAUUACCGGUAGCUGAGUACCGAGCGCCAUCCUGGAGUUGGGCCUCCUUCGAAGGGAAGAUUGAACAUAAGCACUGGAUACAAGCAGAGGAC